AUGGAGACUUUGCUUUUUCGUACACGCAUGUGUUCCCUUCCACUUCUCAUGGAGCUGCCCGUGGAGACGGCGGUGGCCGAGGGGCCGGGGACUAUAGCAACGGUGCUCACUCCACCACUUACUAGCGAAGGGAUCUUGGGCAUCAGCCUCCUCAUGUGUAAAAUGGGCAACAAUAAUGUGGAAAUGAUUAUUUCUACCUUACGAUUGUUGUCAAGAUUAAAUGAAUUACCACAAGUGCCUUGCUCAGAACAGCACCUGGACCAUCGGAAGCUUUCAUUAAGAGAUAUUAUUAUGUACAAGAGGUUUUCUAUGCCUACAGCUCAUGGGUUCCGGGUCCUGUACUCAUAUAGGAACGUCUGGAACAUUAACCCACAGCUGCGCCCGAGCCUCACUGCAGCGAUCACAGAAGACAGAAACGCACUAUGGGCCAUGCCAUUCCUCACCACUCUAAUCCUGGAGCACCCAGAGGUGCUGGACAAAGUGUCCAGGGAACUAUGGAUGCAUGUCUGGUCAUGGGAUGAAGACAUCUUGGAACCCCGGAGCAUCCUGGCUGCUAUAGAGAAGGCUGGCAUGUCUACAGAACAAGCCCAGACUCUUCUGGAAAAGAUCUCAACACCAAAGGUGGAGAACAAGCUCAAGGAGACCACUGCAGCAGCCAGCAAAUAUGGAGCCUUUGAGUUGCCCGUCACUGUGGCCCAUCUGUUUGCAACCCACAUGCUGGCUGGCUCUGAGCGGAUGGGAUUGCUGUCCCCGCUGGUAGGGAAGCGGAUGGGCCCUGUGCCUCCAGCCAUAAAUGCCAGAUUCUAA